AUGGUCGGUGAUGAGCUGGAUGAAGCCACACGUGACCGCAUGCGGCGGCGUUCGGAGAUGCUUAGCAAGGAGAUGGCUCGGAUGCUGCAGGAGCUGGAGCAGGCCGAGGAGAUGAAGAGAAUAGAGCAAAAUGGUGUGACCUGGAGCGGCCUGCUCUCUGCUGCCUUGUGGACCUGGAAAUUCUGGGUGAUCGCCAUCUUGCUGCUCCUCCUGAUUGUGGGGCUCUGUUGCUGCUUUAGCAAAAUAAGCCCUGAGCGUUUCUUGCCGGAGCUGGGACCAGCUAUGGGAGUGGGCAGCGCCUUUGAUUGCUGGAGGCCCCAGGAAGACGACCCUGUCUACCGUAUGCUCGUGAUCCUGAAGCCCCCCCGUGGCCACACUUUCUGCCUGGAACCAGGCACCGUGGAAAACGAGUCCCGCAUCUGUGUGAAGCUGAAGUGCACAUGCAUUGCUCAGCAGAUGGUGGGGCCCAUGCUGUGCUUCCUUCACAGCCCCGAGGAGCAGCUCACAAAGGAGCAGAAGCCCAGCCUCCUGCACACCCUCUGCACCGACUCCUGUCUAGAUGUGCAGAAAACUGCUUGCUGGUUCCGGGAUUUGGUGAGGGAAAACAAGGCAAGCACGCCUCUCUUACCUUCAUGUUACUACUCUCUGGCUGUGCUGCCCUCCAGACGCUCCUGCAGAGUGGCAAUUCAACGUACCUGUGGGAGAACCACGCUCGUUGAGAUGAUCUUUGGCGUGCAGCUGGGCAACUCAGACAUCUUCAUGAGCAGUCAGGAAAGAGAGGGUAUCCUGAGCCCAAGCACAACGUGGACAUUGACUUGUGCCCAGGCAGAGGCAAAGUUCUUGUGGCUGAUGUUUGGUCAGACCCCAGAUGACAGCUUACACAGCCUCCUGCAUCUCUGCACCCGCAUGCUGGCGGGCAGAGGCUUUUUCACCUCUGCCUUGAAGACGGUGGUGAUGCACCUCCUGACCACCACACCCCCCGCAACAUGUGGUCACCGAACACCGAACAAACUGUGGAACCGGAGCGAGUGGGUGCAUGCAGUGGUGGAAAGCCUCGUCACUGCUUGCCAAGAGUCCAAUUUCUUGUCCAAGGCUUUCUUCCCGGAGCUGGGAUCAGCUAUGGGAGUGGGCAGCGCCUUUGAUUGCUGGAGUCCCCAGGAAGACGACCCUGUCUACCGUAUGCUCGUGAUCCUGAAGCCCCCCCGUGGCCACACUUUCUGCCUGGAACCAGGCACCGUGGAAAACGAGUCCCGCAUCUGUGUGAAGUGCACAUGCACUGCUGAGCAGAUGGUGGGGCCCAUGCUGUGCUUCCUUUACAGCCCCGAGGAGCAGCUCACAGAGGAGCAGAAGCCCAGCCUCCUGCACACCCUCUGCACCGGCUCCUGUCUAGAUGUGCAGAAAACUGCUUGCUGGUUCUGGGAUUUGGUGAGGGAAAACAAGGCAAGCACGCCUCUCUUACCUUCAUGUUACUACUCUCUGGCUGUGCUGCCCUCCAGACGCUCCUGCAGAGCGGCAAUUCAAGGUACCUGUGGGAGAACCAAGCUCGUUGAGAUGAUCCUUGGCGUGCAGCUGGGCAACUCAGACAUCUUCAUGAGCAGCCAGGAAAGAGAGGGUAUCCUGAGGCCAAGCACAAUGUGGACAUUGACUUGCGCCCGGGCAGAGGCAAAGUUCUUGUGGCUGAUGUUCGGUCGGACCCCAGAUGACAGCUUACACAGCCUCCUGCAUCUCUGCACCCGCAUGCUGGCAGGCAGAGGCUUUUUCACCUAUGCCUUGAAGACGGUGGUGAUGCACCUCCUGACCACCACACCCCCGUCAGGCUGGCACAGGACAUAUUUCCUGCUGCGGCUGGAUGACAUCAUGAGGUACCUGAACCGCUGCCUGGAGGAGAAAUGCCUCGACCACUUCUUCUUUGGGAACCAGAAGAUUCCUGAGGAGAUCGUCUUGCCCCCAUUCUUGGAAACAGCCAAGCCAUUCAACCUCUUCCAGCAUCUGGCGCAGGAUCCGGCUGCCCACGAGCGGGCAAUGCGUGAGUUCAAGGAGCUGCAACAUCGGCUUACAGCACAGCUCUUACUCUAG